AUGUUCUGCAAAGGGCCUGUAAGAUGGGUCUUCGCCGCGCUCGCGACGCAUACUUUCUGGGCGUCCGCGCGUUCAGUGGAGAGGGCAGUAGACUCUAGAGGUCUUACCGUUGACCCGACUGUCGUGAUUCUGGGCGGGGGAGUCGCGGGUGUGAUUGCAGCGCGUACCUUGUACGAGCGUGGCAUCACGAACUUCAAACUCUUUGAGGCGCGAGGUGAACUCGGUGGUCGACUACAAUCCCAAACGAUUGGGGUCUCUGGCGAUGAAUGGGUCAUCGAACGAGGCGCGAACUGGGUACAAGGCACUCAGACGGACGAUGGACCCGUAAAUCCCAUCUGGACGCUAGUCCAGAAGCAUGGCGUGAAGACCCAGGCAAACGACUGGUAUGGCAGCGUGUCUACAUAUGACGACACCGGCGCCGUAGACUACUUGGACAUAUUCGACGCGUCGAGCGACCAGUACACGACGCUGACAGUGGCUGCCGGUGCGCGUGUGCAGAAACAGCUCGUGGACCUCACCGCGAGAAGUGGGUAUUCACUCGUCGGAGCAAAGCCGAAGACUCCAGCAGACAUGGCCUGCGAGUACUACCAGUUCGAUUGGGAGUAUGCGCAGACGCCUGAGGAAUCGUCAUGGAUAGCCAGUUCUUGGGGUAACAACUACACAUACGACACAGACGACGGCGGUUUCGGUGACGACAACCUUAUGUCGAUCGACCAGCGCGGCUUCAAGUACUUCAUUCAGGCGGAGGCGGCCGAGUUCCUCCGGCCCGACCAGCUCUUGCUGAACUCGACGGUCACGAACAUCACCUACUCGUCCGACGGCGUCAACGUGACUCUGACUGACGGCACGGUGCUGCUCGCGGACUAUGUCCUGUGCACGUUCAGCUUGGGCGUCUUGCAGAACGACGAUGUGACGUUCGAGCCUGCCUUGCCGGAUUGGAAGCAGGAGGCGAUUCAGAGUAUGACCAUGGCUACCUACACGAAGAUCUUCUUGCAGUUCCCCGAGGACUUCUGGUUCGAGACCCAGAUGGGCAUCUUCGCAGACAGCACUCGUGGCUACUAUCCCGUGUGGCAAAACAUGAACCUCACGGACUUCUUCCCUGGCUCCGGCGUCAUCUUCGUCACCGUCACGGGCGACGAGUCGGUGCGCAUCGAAGCCCUGUCCGAUGACGAGGUGCAAGCCGAGGUCAUGGAAGUCCUCCACGAGAUGUUCCCGAACGUGACCAUCCCCGAGCCGACGGCGUUCUACUUCCCCAGGUGGCACAGCGACCCGCUCUUCCGCGGGUCCUACUCCAACUGGCCCUCGUCAUUCUUCAGCGGGCACCACGAGAACCUCCGCGCCACGGUCGAGGACCGGCUGUGGUUCGCCGGCGAGGCGACGAGUCAAAAGUACUUCGGAUUCCUGCAUGGCGCGUACUUCGAGGGACUGAACGUGGGCACGCAGCUCGCGGACUGCAUCAACGCCGGCGGAUGCGCAGGGAGUACGCACAUCGCUGAGAUCACGAACGCUCUACCAUACACAAUCUGA